AUGGCCAAAGGUUUUCGAACCUAUCCAGAAUUCUUACAGUUUACUUUCCUUUCUUUUGUCAUAGCCCCCACUCCCCAUCAUCUCUCUCUCUCUUACUUUCUCUCUCUCUCCAGCUCCUUUUUCCCUCUUUCUCUCGAAGUAUUUUUCAGUCUUUUCAUAUCUAUCUAUGUAUCUAUCUAUAUCAAUAUCUCACUUUCUGUUCAUAUUAAUCUAUCAUUCUCUUCAUAUCUGCCAAUCUGUUCAUAUCUAUCUAUAUAUCUAACUCAUUUACUUUAUAUCUAUCUAUCUAUCUAUCUAUUUAUCUAUCUAUCUAUCUCAUUCAUCUCAUAUCUAUUUAUCUAUCUCAUUUACUUUAUAUCUAUCUAUCUAUCUAUCUAUCUCAUUUACUUUAUAUCUAUCUGUCUCAUUUACUUUAUAUCUAUCUAUCUAUCUAUCUAUCUAUCUAUCUAUCUAUCUAUCUAUCUAUCUAUCUCAUUUACUUUAUAUCUAUCUAUCUAUCUAUCUAUCUAUCUAUCUAUCUAUCUAUGUCCAUUCAUAUUCUUCUAUAUCAAUCUGUUCCUGUUUGUUUGUCUAUCUUUCUUCCCACUCCCCAACAUGGCUAAAUAUUUAGCCCAACCGUGA